AUGGACCGCGCGCUCAUUCAACAGUUCAAUGCCUUGGCCCAGCGUACCAGGCAGAGACGCGAGCUCGAGAGACGUGGACUUAUACCAAGUCAAGAGGUCGUCAGCGAUGCGGAUUUCUUCACCCGCGACGUUCUACCUCUCUACUUCCUUGCUGUUAAUCGCAAUCGCUCGCCCCUCGUCCGUCUUCCACCAGAACUCCUUCGCAUCAUCCUACUCGAGGCGAUCUGGGAAGACCGUAAGCGUCUCAACAAAUGGUUCCGUCACGGACACGUCUGCCACGACCUUCGAUCGGUGCUCUUAGGCAUGCAUGCGCUGUGGGCGCCCGUCGUUUUCCAGUGGUAUAAUGCUCAAGCUUCUCAAGAGCUUUUGAGACGGGCGGGGCCGUCCCCGAUCACGAUUCGGAUGUCGUACAUGCGAUCGGAGGAACAGAUAAGGUUGGCUCUGGGAGUGCUGUUGAGAGCGCGCUCUAUUGAGCUGCAGGCCCUCCUAGCGAUGCCGACAGACGCCACGGUGAAUGCUAUCGUCGGCAUUCUCCGGCGAGGACCGUGCCCCCUUCUCGAAGAGCUUACCCUCGGUAUCGACCCCAGUCCUGAAUCCCCGCCCGACCACCCCCUGCUGUCUUCGGACUUUCCGAACUUGAUCGCCCCGCGGUUGCGCAAACUCAGUCUCAACAACGUGUUCAUCCCAGUCGACCUGUCGGUCCUGACCCACCUGAGGCUCUACUGGUCAAGUGCGGAGACGAUACCGGCGAUAGCAGAUGCACACACUUUUUUCGACAUGCUUUCCCGUUGUGGUAAUCUCGAAGAACUGACAAUGCAGUGCUGGCUGCCGCUCCACGAAGACUUGCGAGAACUACAGGCGGAGGAACGGUGCCUCACUUUUCCACGGCUCACUCACCUCAACUUGAGGCACGACUUGCAGACCAUCCUCGAAUUCUGGAAGAUCAUAUUCAUUCCUCCGUCUGCGACACUGUACCUGGAUGUGGCGGCCUUCAGCUCGCCGGACUCUGAAGAUGGCCCCGAUACCUUAUUGGAGCACACGCGAUUGCUGUGCGCAUUCAUCGCGCACACGCAGAUAGGAGGGGCGUCGAAGAUAUCCAAGCUUGCAGUCUUCCAAGACGGCAAAGAUCUCGAGGUACACCUCGGCGCUACAGAAGAAGGUCAACCGGCUACACCGGAGCUCGCAUCCAGGCCCCGCCGCUCAACCGAGCCAUCGUGGGACCCUCGGCUCGGACGUCCUACCUUCACGUUCCUUAUCGACAGGAGAUUGGAGCUCCCCGCAGACCUGGUCGAAUUCCUACGGUGUCUCUGCGACGUUCUGAAGCUGCGCGCCCACAGCAUCGACACACUGUAUCUUGGACUACAUGAUUACUUCCCCCUCGUUCCGGACGAUGUGGAUGGCGAUGCCCUUCACACCCUGCUCCCCGCCGUCGCUGAGCUGCGGCUCGAGUACAUCGGCUGUGCGGACGUCGAGCGCUUGCUCGACGCUUCGAGCGAGCGGGGAUGCCACUAUUACCCACACGUGCAAGCUCUGCAUUUGCGGUGCCCAAUGCCGUCGGAGGAAUUCGACACUUUCGUCAACGUUGUCGAGAGACGCGCGAAGUAUGGAGGCGGGGUCUUGCGGUUUGUCUCUGUCAAUGGGAUCAAAGACAUCGACGAAGAGUAUGAGUUGGACAAGGAGGCGCCUCACUUGGAAAGGUUCAAGGACAUUGAGCCGCACGUCCAGUUCGAUGUUUAUAAACGGAAGUAG